AUGUACCUUUAUUCUUUAACACUCCAGCCUGGCACUGGGAUACACAAAGCAAUAUUCGGGAAUUUUUCAGCAUCCAAAGCUCAAGAAAUCGCAGUUUCCAAAGGAAAAACCCUUGAAAUUUACCGCAGCAAUGAAAACACAGGUGCUCUUGAAGUAGUCUACAGUCAAGAAGUGUUUGGAAUAAUCCGCUCUCUCUGCACUUUUAGAAUGACUGGCGCGAAUCGAGAUAUGAUAGUAAUAGGCUCAGAUUCAGGACGAAUUGUAUUUCUCCAGCUAGACCCAGUCACCAAUAAUCUUGAACAAGUCCACUUAGAGACCUUUGGGAAAUCAGGAUGCCGCAGAAUCGUUCCAGGCCAAUAUGUCGCUUCUGACCCUAAAGGCAGGGCUGUUAUGAUCUCUGCAAUUGAAAAGCAAAAAUUCGUGUACAUUCUUAACAGAGACAGCACCAGUAAGCUAACAAUUUCCUCACCUCUAGAAGCUCACAAAGGAAGAACGAUAGUUUUUGAUAUCUGUGGAAUUGAUGUCGGCUUUGAGAACCCUCAGUUUGCCUGUUUAGAAGUUGACUAUGGCGACCCAGAGCUCCCUGAUAGUGCUGUAGUUACAGGCCAAGGCCAAAAGCUCCUUACUUUUUAUGAGAUGGAUUUAGGCCUAAAUCAUGUCAUCAGGAAAAUCGCUAUGCCAACUGACAAUUCUGCAAAUAUUUUGAUCCCAGUACCAGGUGGCUCAGAUGGUCCUGGCGGGGUCUUAUUAUGCUGUGAAAACAUUAUCCGGUAUUUUAAUUUCCCAAGCACAGAGCUAUCUUGUACAUAUCCUAGAAGAGCUGAUAUGUCAUUAGAAAGAGGCUUAAUGAUAAACUGCUAUUCCACCCACAAGCAAAAAGACUUAUUUUUCUUUUUAAUCCAUACAGAGUUAGGAGACCUUUAUAAAGUGUCCUUAAAAUACAAUAAAGACCAGGUCGAGUCUUUAUCUGUGCAAUAUUUUGAUACAAUUUUUCCUUGUGUUUCUAUAUGUAUUUUGAAGACUGGAUUUUUAUUUGCAGCUGCUGAAUAUGGAAACCAUGCUUUAUAUCAGUUCCAAAAUAUAGGAGAAAAUGACGAAUUCGCUAUAAGCAGCUCAGAUUCAAUGGAAACUGUCCUAUUUAUGCCCCGGAAAUUAACGAAUAUUGCGUUUUUAUAUGACACAGAAAGUUUGUGUGCAAUCACUGAUAUGAAAAUCCAAGACUUAGCUGAAGAAGGAAACCCUCAAAUUUAUGCUUUGUGUGGAAGAGGCCCAAGGUCAGCUUUAAGAGUCCUGAGACAUGGGCUUGGAGUCACUGAAAUGGCUUAUUCAAACUUGCCAGGGAAGCCAAACGGGGUAUGAAGCUUAAAAAGUGGCCACAAAGAAGGGGAAGUUUCUUAUGACAAAUAUAUCGUCAUUUCAUUUUUAAAUGCCACACUUGUAUUAGGAAUUGGAGAAAAGGUCACUGAAGUUACAGAUUCAGGAUUUGACGUCUCAGGUGGGACUAUUCAUGCAGGAUUAUUCUAUUAGAAUUAUAUUAAUUUCAUAUUAAUUUUUAAUUAAAAAUAUAUACUAAUUACAGUAAAUAUAAACAUUGCCGUUAUAUCAGAUAGUAAAUAGAAAAAUGGCUAAUAGCAGGAAUCCUUUUAUUGUUAUUAGGUAUAUUUAUUUAAAAAGGUACAGAAUAUUAGCGAAUAAUUGUUAUCUACAAAUUCUUCAGUACGGGAUGAGAGUUAUUGCUUCAAAAUAUCAAGUCGACCCUUGGGAAGCGCCAGGAAAAAUCAGCAGAGCUACUUCUAAUGAAAAACAAGUAGCGUUUACUUUACAAGGCGGAAUUUUGGUUUAUUUUGAGCUUGAUUCAUCAGGGAAGCUUAAAGAAGCUGGAAAAAGAGAAAUGGAACAAGAAGUCAUUUGUAUCAGUAUUUCCAAUAUACCAGAAGGCAGAACUAGGGCACGAUUUUUAGCAUUGGGGUGUUUUGACAAUACAAUUAAAAUUUUAUCAUUAGAUCCUGAAGGGUGUCUAAGUAGGCUGAGCACUCAAGCUUUGCCUGGAAGUCAGCCUGAAUCUGUGUGUUUAUUAGAAAUGGGCCACUCAGAAGAAACAAAAGAUUUAUACUUGCAUGUAGGAUUGUCAAAUGGGGUAAUGCUGAGAACGGUCAUUGACUCGAUAACUGGACAACUUUCAGAUACUAGGGCAAGGUUUUUAGGGAAUAAGCCUGCUAGACUUUUUAAGGGCUUUGUAGCUGGCGGCCAAGCACUUGUUUCGUUAUCAUCGAGGCCAUGGAUUGCGUAUAAUUAUAUGUCAAGAUUUUAUAUUACUCCUUUAUCGUAUGAAACCUUAGAAUAUGCAGCUUCAUUUAGCUCAGAAAUGUGCCCUGAAGGGUUUUUAGGGAUUUCUGGUAAUACCUUACUCCCACUUUAAAAAUAGAACAAAACAGGUAAAAUUAGAAAAUUUUAUAGGCGAAAAUACUUAUUUUUUUAUAAAAUUCCUUUACCUAAUUAAAUGGAAAAAGUGCAAGUAGAAUAUUAAUUAACAUUUUUCAUACUGAAUCAAUUAAUUUUAAAUUAAUUUUUCUUAAAUAAAUUAAAAUCUGCUCAAUUUAUAUUUUUUUUUUUUUUUUAAAACAAAAAUAAACUUCUUUUUGUUCCAAUUUAAAAGGGAGGCGGAGUUAAGAAUUUUUACUAUAGAAAAACUAGGAGAAUUAUUCAAUCAAUCUAUAGUCCCGCUCCGCUAUACGCCAAGAAAAAUGGAAAUUUACCCCAUUAAUAAAAAUCUAAUUAUCAUUGAAUCUGACCAUAAUGCAUUCCCAGUCACCGAACGAGAAGAGCUCAAAGAAGCUGUCAAACAAUUUUCUGAGUUUCGAGAACUUACAGAUGCACAAAUCAGCACCCCAAGUGCCGGCAUCGGACGAUGGGCUGCAUGCAUUAGAAUCCUUGACCCCCGAUCUCUAGAAACUACCGAAAUAUUUGAGCUUACCGACAAUGAAACAGCUGUCAGCCUCUGUGUCGCCAAUUUUACAGGCUACGAAAGCGAAAUGUUUUUAGUCCUAGGAACCGUCAAAGAUAUGAAUCUACACCCAAGGAAUUUUACUGCAGCCUAUAUCAGUGUCUUUCGAAUCAUCAACAACAAGCUUGAAUUAUUCCACAAAACCCAAGCCGAGGAUAUCCCACUCGCAAUUUCUCCAUUUUAUGGAAAAAUCCUAAUCGGGGUCGGAAAAUUUUUGAGGAUUUAUGAACUAGGCAAAAAAAAAAUUUUAAAAAAAUGCGAAAAUAAAACAACUUUUCCGAAUUUAAUCAGCAAUAUAAAAGUUGAUGGGGAACGUAUUUUUGUGACGGAUAUCUCUGAAAGUGUAUCAGUUUUAACGUGAAGCAAAGAAGAUAAUCAAAUUUAUUGCUUUGCAGACGACGUUAUAUCAAGAUUCCUUACGAAUUUUAUUGUUCUGGAUCAUGAUACAGUAGCAGCAGUUGAUAAAUUUGAAAAUAUGAUGGUCCUAAGGCUUCCUGACGCUUGUGAAGAAGACGAAAGAGAUAUAAAUACUGUCAAGUUUAAGUGGGAGGCUGGAUUUUUAAAUUCUGCUUAUUAUAAGCUUGAACAUAUUGCUCACUUCUAUAUAGGAGAUUUGGCUACUUCUAUACAAAAAUCUGCAUUAAGUGAAGGAGGGGCUGAAGCUUUGGUAUAUGGGACAACAAUGGGGGCAAUAGGGACUUUUCUUCCGAUUACACAGAAAGAUGACGUAGAAUUUUUCGUCCAUUUAGAAAUGUAUAUGAGGCAAGAAGCAAGGUCACUGGUGGGGAGAGACCAUAUGUCAUUUAGGUCGUUUUAUGCACCGAUUAAAAAUGUGAUUGAUGGGGAUUUGUGUGAGCAGUAUUCAAAAUUGGACUAUCAAACACAGCGGAGACUUGCUGAACAGCUUGAGCACAGUCCAAAUGAAAUACUGAAAAGGUUAGAAGACUUCAGAAAUAAAAUCUUUUAA